AGGAAGAACCACAGAAUACGACACCAAACAGGGCACCACUGAAUCACAGAUUACCAUACAGAAGGUUUAUUUUUGACACUAAUUCGCCGCUAACAUUGUUGUAAAUCGGACAGCAACUGUAAAAUAAAAUGACGUCGGAAGCAUCGAGGCGGGUGUUAAAAAAGGCGAAGACAAUAUUAUCUCUGGACCGUCGGGAGACUAGACGACACGUUAUAAGCCUUUACAAGUCAUGGAGCAGACAAAUUCCCUACAUAGUUCAGCACUACGAUCUCCCGUUUAUGGAAAAAGUCUACCGACAGAAACUGAGAGAGGAAUUCACCAAGCACAAAUGCAUUGACGAUAUCAGAAUAAUCGAUAUGUUGGUAAUCAAGAGCCAUAUGGAUUUAAAAGAAAUCAUAGAAAACUGGUCUCCGAAGAAAGUUCUAGCACAACACAUGAAGGAGUGGUUCGAGCCCAAACCUAAAAAUUUCGUUUCUAGGUUCUUACAAGGGAAGGAUUAGUAUUGUAAUCCAUAAGGAUCGGGAAUCAACUUACCUUGAUGCGAUGAUUAAAUAAAAUAUCAGUCUGUUUACGAACGGGUAUUAUUGUUUAUUAUGAAUAUUAAAAAUGUUGGGUUGAUAUUAAUUUUCAUUUCAUGCUCUGUGAUGAUAAAUGCUGUACGAGCCGCCGAUAUAUAUUUGGUCUAUGUUACAAAGAUCUAAAUCACGUAAUCCGUAGAACAAAGCAAUUGUCAUUCAACCACUUAAUAGACCAAACAGCAAGCAGGCCGCGACUGAUGUCUUCAAUAUCGGUAAAAUUAC